CAUGAAAUUCUUUGACGAGCAGCAAAAGAAACGAGAGAAAGAUAUUGCCCAGUUAUCCCCAGUGAAUGUUCCAGUCAUUUUGAUGAUUGACAAUAUAAACAUCUACCGCGGGAAGAGGAAACAUUUGCGUCUUUUCAAAAGUGCUGGUCCAACAAUGUGGAACUUUACUGGUCAAGCAUUGUUAAUACCAAAUGUAGAUGGAAUGGAUGAAGUACUCAAUGAUAAGGAAUCUUGCAUAACACCACAAGGUUCAGCGACGGACAUGAAGCCAGACGAUAUUUUUUUAGAGAGUGACGACGAGAAGGCAAAACUAUUUAAUGCAUUUGUUGACAAGUACUUAGUGGAACUUUUAGAUAUUGCUUUGAACAAACUGCCAUUCACUGUGCAUCAGUUUAAGGAAAUGACUGAGAAGCAGAUAGAUGCAUAUAUAGCCACUGCCUCUAAUUUCGAGAGCACUGAAAAGUAUACGCUAGAUAUACCAGUAGAAAAGGAUCUCCUACCGAAUGCAUCCCACAGUUCGAAGAGCAAUGUACACAUAUUGCCACUGUCGUUGGAAGAUAAUAGCACAAUCUUUGGAACAAUGAGUAUUUUGGACAAGCUGUCAAAGGAUUUCAGUUUGCCAGAAGGGGGAAAAAAUGCAGAAUGUGUACCGUUCAACUGCGUUGCUGGUAAUUUUGAUGUUAUUUCUUCAAGGGCGCAUUUCGAGCUACUACUUAGCCAAAAGAGUCACGAGCAGAAUAUGAAGCGGACCGAAAGUCAAAUGCGAUCGACAAGGAAAACCUUCGACGGACUUACAGAAGACGAUUCGCAGGAUGACUUUUCGUUUGCUUCUGAUGAAGAAGACGCUCCAGGUAUUCGUACUUCUACAAAAGAGACCGUUACUCUUGAACGAGAAAGGAAUCGCUUUCAGAAUGAAGACAAACCAUUCUGGGAAGCGUAUAAUGGUUUAAUGCAUGAAAUGAUGAGCGCUAACACUGCAAAUUCUGAAGAGACUUACAUGAUGUCUAUUUCGAGCCUUGAAAACAGAGCAUUAACAACAGUCAAAGACCAUUUGAAACGGAGUCUCUUACAUGUAGCUGUUGAACAAGGUCAUCAGAACUUUGUAAAGUAUCUUGUGGAACUUGGUAUGGAUGUAAACUGCCGAGAGGGAUGUGGUUUGACGCCCCUAAGCCUUGCUGUUCAUGGGAAAAACGGUAAUAUAUGCAAGUAUUUAGUUGAAUCAGGAGCAAAAUAUUCUGGACCGUUAUUUACAAGUGUUCCGUCACCACUCAGCAUGGCUAAAGAAUUGAAUCUUGAGGACAUUCAACAAAUAUUUGAAUACGACCAGGUAUUGUCAGACGAAGAGGAUGAUUUCAUUCGUUCAAUCGAUGCAACAUUUCAGGAGAGUUUAACCGCAAAUGAACAUCCUAAAAGAACUGUCCAGCAUUUCAACCGAACUGUCCCCGGAUUUAUAACGCCUAUCGUAGGAGACGUUGGAACGUGUAAAACAAAUAGCGCGGUUAUGUCCAGGUCGAGGUCGUAUCAGUGGGUUGGUCUAUGUCCUGGUGACCUUCACAACAAAGGCUACUUUUGCGAAAUGGUAUAUAAGGUGCAUGGUUCAUCGGGUUUUCACUAUUUGUUAUCAGAAGUUCUUAAGCGAAAAAGACUUACACGCGAAGUUUUUAAAAAGAAAAAAUUUCAAGAAAAUAAUCUAGUAAAAGUUAGAGAAGGUAUCAACGAUGCGUGUAGAGCAUACGGUAUUGCGGCAGCUCUUCAGUUUACGGGAAGUAACGAGUUUCCUUCAAAAGAACAACUACGUAAUACGGGCAGCACAACCACUACGCUGUUAUCCAAAUUUAAAGAGUGGCUAUCAAAAUCAUGUGAAAAUGAUGUUGCUUUUAAACACAGAGCUACUUCAUUUCUGCUGUAUGGUCCCCUCCAGCAAAUGUAUGACGCGGCAACAGCUAAUGGAGAUGGUUAUGCGCGCGAGGCUGUAUAUCAAGCUCAGGCUCCCAUGUACGCUCAACUAGGUUUCCGUAACUAUUACACCGAAGUUUUCCGGCACAUUGUUAAUUUCUUAGUAAAGUGGCCAGCUGCGACAAGAAUUUUGCUGCAGAAGAAUUGUUGUGUCAACCUUCUUGGGAAACCUGGUAAUGGAAUAGAGCUCGACGCUUACGUGGAAUCCGAAUUAGUACAGCCAUUGAAGAAUUACGUGUCUAAUCACACAACAGUUCAUAUGUGCGAGCGGCUAAUGGCCAACCUGAAUAUGUUGAAAUACAUAAGAAGGGCAUACAUGGAGAAAGAGGGAUUUGAUGUACACCAUACUGCCAGACAUUCUGUCCAAGAUCCAUUACCAGACCAGGUUAAAGGUGCCUGGUUCUGUGUCCAAAAGGCAUUUUUUGAAGAAAACGAAAGGAAAGAAAUUGAAUGCUACUCCCUCGAUGGUAAAGGUGAUGCAAGUGGAAAAGUCCCCAAGAAUUUGAUUGAUGUGGUCGAGAAAGGUAAAGAGAAGAUCAGGGAUGGCUUUAAAGCAAAACUGUAUGACUCCUUUCCUGAUUUGAGGUAUAAAAUCCUUAUGGGAUAAGGAUUUUAUACAUCAUGAUACAAUAAGUUUACGAGAUAGAUCUAUCUACCAGUGCAUUUGCAGAAAUGAAAUGCAAGGGUUACACAAUAAAGAUGUGUGGCAACAUUUCGUGCAAAAAUUUGGGGGAAAACUCGCACUUCUGAUUGUUAAGCAUCACAAUCAUAUCACAUAUGGAUUUUAUUGUCCAUAUAGUACAAUUUUGUGAACUGCACAGUUGCCCUUGAAAUUGUGUAACUAACUUGGCAUUUGUUUACUGUUUUAUGUAUAUAUUACUGUGGGAAAUGGAAAACACAGCAGUGGCAAAACUAUAUAUAUAGCAACUGGUCAUUGGCAGUGACAUACCACCCAACUUUCUUAUAAAGUUUGGUGCACAUAAAACGAUUCUAAGAAAAACAAUUAGUGGUGUAAUUUGU